UCUUUGUGUCCCUGCCCAUGCCCAUGCCCAUAUCACCAAAUUCCCCAUCAUCAUUCGUGGGUGCCCUAGGCCAGAGAGAGCGAGGGCGCUGCGCCGCGCCGGCCCGCGAUGCUCGAUGCGCGAUCGCCCUUCCGCGCAACGCAUCGCGGAUUGAGGCAGCCGCAAUUGGCUAGAUAGGGAGCGAGCGAUCUUCUUUGGGAAUUCUUUCUUUCCCCUUUCUUCCCCAUCGGCAAUGACGGAUUUGCGAAUCGACAAACGCGAAUCGGGAUUCUCAUAGCGAUGGACGAGGUAAUCUCUUCUUUCUCCGAUUAGGUUGCGCAGCGCAGCUUAGCUUCUUUCGCAAGAACAACAAACUGGCUUGAGAGAUGGGUUUGCUGCGUCCUAAUAUUGAGGAAGAAGAAAAGGAGCAUCACGUAGCGGGCAAUACCAGCAAUUCGCGUAGAUCUUUCUCGCGCCAGGGAAAGAGGGUCCAGCUCAAGCCGGAGGAUGAGAUGAAGAGGAAGCACGGGGAUUCCCUGGAUUCCAAGGCCAGAGCUAGCAAUUCCGGUGGGAAGAAUGGUGGCGAUGGUGGUGGCGUGUGGGAGUAUCCGGCGCCGCCACUAUCGCCCACAAGUUUCGGUUCUAAGAAGCUCUCCCCGGCAGCAGCAGCAGCGACGACGAGGAUCCGUGGUACAUUCAAUUCCAACAGCAAAGUGAUCGUCGGAUUUGAGUCUCCUCCGGCCCAAGAGCAAGGAUUUCGACAGACGGCAGAGAAAGAUGGUGGAAUUUUUACCAGCCGCAGCACCACCACGAACAAUAACAGGAGGAAGAUCUCUCCACUCGCGGACAUCUUGUCGGAUCCAAAUAACGAUGGCUUGCUCCACUACACGUCCGAUGAUGACAACACCGCGAGCGCUGUCAAGAACAAUACGAGCGUUGCUCCUCCGGAAGAACAGGAGCAGGCUCUUGCGCUUCCAUGCAAGGUGAAGAACGAAUGCGUAUACGAGUUCUCCAGGAGAGUUGGCGUGAGCACGCCCGUUCCAAUUCCCGGGGCUUGCGACGUCCAACAAGGCCUGAAGUUCUCCAUCGAUGUUUGCUCGAGCACUAAGAAUCAAGAGACAACCAUCACCACCAUCAACAACAAGAGCUGGGAGUCGCCGACCAAGAAGAAAACUGUGGCUCAGAUGCUCACACUGUCACCGCUCGGCCGGAGGUAUCCUGGUACCAAGACGGAGAUGUGGGAUCCGGCAGCGAUAUCAAACCGGCUGCAAAUACGAAGCAUGUCCCUGGACGAUGACUACGAGUUUAGAGAUGACAAGCUCGCGCUCCACGACGCAGGUUUGGGAACUUGCUUAAAGAAUGGUUUGCCGACGAGAAGAUCUCUGGUUGGUUCUUUUGAGGAGUCUUUGCUGUCUGGACGUUUUCUAGCUGGAAAGUCUUGUCAGAAACUGGAUGGUUUCCUAGCGCUGCUGAGUGUAUCGGGCGGUAGCUGGUCUCCCCAGAUGCGCAAGCUCCCGUUCUCGGUUUCGUGUAUAGACGGCGACAGUUGCUUGCUAUACUACGCUUCUAUUGACAUCAUCGACUCCAAAGCCAAAUCGCAGCAGGCAAACACUUGUAUAAAAGAGGAGACGCGUGCAUGGAAGGGGUCCCGCUUCAGAGUUCCAAUCCGGGGCCGAGUGCAACUGGUGGUGAGCAAUCCAGAAAAGACCCCUGUACAUACAUUCAUCUGCAGCUAUGACUUGACAGAUAUGCCACCAGGAACCAAGACGUUCAUGCGGCAAAAGCUGUCGUUAGCACCCACUGUGGGAAGUCUCAGCAAGCCUCGAAGCGUCACGAGGGACGACAUAUCGUGUGGCCGCAGACUAUUUCAGGGGAGUAGUGGGGAUAGACAGGAGGACAAGAAAGGCACAAACGAUUUGGGAGGCGUAGAGGACAGGAUAGGGAUCAUUAGCGGCAGUAGUGGCAGCAGCAUAAAAAAUAACACGGGGAAGGAGAGAUUUGUACAGUCGACAGAGAAUAAGCCGCACCAGCAGCAGCAGGAUGAGGAGAAAGGAAGAAAGAUUUCAUUCCAGCAGCAGCAGCAGCAACAGCAGGCAGAAGCAAGAGAGAUUUCAUUCCGGGAGCAGCAGCAGGAAAAAGGAAGAGAGAUUCUGUUCCAGCAGCAGCAGGACAAAGCUUCCAGGCUCGAGGAGAGCUCCGGAACGGUGUUGCGGUACGCGCUUCACAUGAGAUUCAUGUGUGCGCCCCUCAAGAAGCGGGAGCUAGAAGAGAACGCGGAGGAGGAAGAGGAGGCGAGGGCGAGGAAGCCAAGCACGCCCGGGGCAGCAGCGGCGGCGGCGGACAAGCGGAGGUUCUACCUCUACGGCGACUUGCGCGUUGUUUUCCCCCAGAGGCAGUCCGACUCGGACGAAGGCAAGAUGAAAGUGGAGUACGAUUUCCCCUCCGAUCCCAAGUACUUCGAUUACAUCUCAUGAGGAAAGGCAAAGAGGACCGUUGUGUUUUCAUAUUUGAAAUUUCCUCUGCCGAAUGUUCUUGGAAUCUAGGGUUUAUAUUGGAAAGGAUGGACAGUGUGAAACAACCAAUUUAUUUGAAA